GCGACGAUGGCGGCCGAAGCGCCCUUGCAGGAUUUGGUGGAAGAAGCCACCUGCUCCAUUUGCCUGGAGUUUUUCCAGGACCCCGUGCUCAUCCCGGAGUGCGGCCACAACUUCUGCCGGGGCUGCCUGACCCGCAGUUGGGGGACGUCGGAAUCGGAGGCUUCCUGUCCCGAUUGCAGACAAACCUUCGGGAUCCGCAGCCUCCUUCCCAAUAGGAAACUGGCGUCUGUGCUGGAAGUGGCCAGGCGAUGCGGAGGUCCUUGGGGCGAGGAAGGAGGGAACUUCUGCCCGAAGCACCGGGAGCCCCUCAAGCUCUUCUGUAAGGACCACGAGACACUCAUCUGCGUGGUCUGCGACCGAUCCAAAGAGCACAAGGGCCACUCGGUGAUCCCUGUGGAGGAAGCUUUCCAGGAAUACCAGAUCAAGGUUGAGGAUUGCCUGAAGGCUCAGAAGGAGCAGAAAGAAAAAACAGCUACAUACAGAAGAGACACAGAGAAAAGAGUUCAAGAGAUGCUUGACCUCAUCAAAAAAGAGAAAAAGAAUGUAGUGGAUGAAUUCAGAGAGCUACAACUCUGGUUAAGAGGACAAGAGAAGCUUCUGCUGGCUAGAAUGGAAGAGACGGAGAAGGACAUUAUGGCGAGAAAGGAGGAGGAUUUGGCCAAGCACAUGGAGGAACUGGGCUCUCUUGAUGAUCUCAUCCAGGAGAUAGAAGAGAAGCAGCAGCAGCCAGCCAGCAAACUCUUACAGGACAUUGGAAGCAUCUUGAAGAAAUACCAGGCAAAGGAAGCAUAUGAGAAUCGGGUGGAUUUACUUCUAGAGCCGAAAUGGACAAUCUGGGAUCACAGUGACAUGACUGUGCUUCUGAAAAGUGCCAUGAAAAAAUUGAGAGAUACUCUGAAAAGUGGAUUUCAUCUACAGAAAGAGAAUGUAAUUCUGGAUCCAGACACAGCCCACCCUGACCGCCUUGACAUCUCCGAAGAUCGAAAAAGCGUCAAAGGACAUAAGCCAGUUAAACCAAUAUAUCUUGUCCCAGACCCCAUGAGAUUUGUAUGUAAUCCUUAUGUCCUUGGCUGUCAGAAGUUCUCAACAGGGAGACAUUUCUGGGAAGUUAUGGUGGGAGAUACAGCAGGAUGGGGUGUAGGGGUUGCCAAAAAGCCAGCGAACGUAAUAAACGUUGAUGGGCAGACCAGGCACUGGCAGAUUAGGAAAUGGAGCGGGAAAUACACGAUCUUCUCUCCAUCAACACGCUCUGAACUGGUCCUGACUGAGGAGCCCACGAGGAUCCGCAUCUCUGUCAACUGUGAAGGGAGACGAGUGAGCUUUUUUGAUGCCAGAACCGCAGUUCUGCUCCAUAUGUUCUCAGAUGCUUCCUUGGUUGGAGAGACCCUUCUGCCCUGUUUCUACUUGGAUGAUGGUGCCUGCCUGACACUCCCUUAAAAGAGGGGAUUUCCAUAGGCAAAACUUUGGAAAAAUCCCUAUUUGGCAAGCAGGGAUCUCUGAAAGCUUCAAAGCAGAGGUUCCUUAGCUUUUUUGGUGCUAUACUUUCCUUAAUGUAGAAUGCCACAUUGAGUUGCUUGUGGUUAGGUGGCCUUAUAAAUUGAAGGAAUUGCUCAAUCAACCAAUCAGUCUGAAUUAUUAUCUGAAUAAUUAUCUGAAUAAUAAUAAAAUUAAUAAUAAUAAUAAAAAAGAGGUGUCCUGUAGCAGCUUUAUAGGCUUUAGCAUCAUGUGUUCAGGGGAAUCAAUAUUAAAGAUACCUUACCUUACAGCUAAACCCAUAAAUCAUGAUGUCCGUCACAGCUCUCCUUUCCAUUUAGAUAUCAUGCUUGUUUAGUUGCAAUCGAUGUGUCAACCCUGCGAACCUCAGGGUUGCCACAAAGCAGAAGAGGGGACAGGGAGUAGUGGGGAAAUAGAUAAGGGGGGUUGGCAGCCAAAACAAACAGUUUUUCUGUGGAAACCAAGGUCAUUCCAACAGGUGCCUGAGAGAGAGGAGAAGAGCAGUAACUAAGCAACCGGCCAGCCUCUCGAUUGGACAAUGUGGCUGAUGACUUGGGGAAAGGGGGAACUUUCACUUUUUUAAUUAGGUGAAAGCCAUGGGAACUUUCAAUGACAGUUUUCAUUUUGCCAAUAUGAGGUAUCCAAUAAAACUGUUCUUUGAGGAAUCUACCUGCUUCGGAGUUCUGCUUUCAAUGGGUACAUAACUUGGAACACUGGCACAAUGGUAGCUUAAAGGUAAAGGUAAAGGUUCUCCUGGCACAUAUGGGCUAGUCGUUCCUGCCGCUAGGAGGUGGUGCUCAUCUCCAUUUCAAAGAAAUUUCAAAGAAAAUGUCUGAAGACGUCUCCAUGGUCAUAUGGCAGGCAUGGCCAAACGCCACAUGGAACGCUGUUACCUUCCCACCAAAGGUGGUCCCUAUUUUUCUACUUGCAUUUUUAUGUGCUUUUGAACUGCUAGGUUGGCAGAAGCUGGGACAAGUAGCGGGAGCUCACCCCAUUACGCGGCACUGGGGAUUCGAACCACUGAACUGCCGACCUUUCAAUCAACAAACUCAGCGUCUGAGCCACCGUGUCCCUUUAAUGAUAGCUUAGCUCCCCAUAAUUCAAUACAUUCUGUAAUCUUUCCAUGCUUUUUCUUUCUUUCUUUCCUCCACUUUUUUAUAUUUCCUUUGAAAUAUACACAUUUGUCACAAUUCGAACAAACCCUAGCAGGGCUUCAGGAAAUAUUAGACUCCAUAUAAGCUUUACAGGCUCAUAGUUUUUUUUUCUUUCAAAUUCUAGUACUGUUUAUGUCUUUUUAUACUUAACUCAGUUAUCUACAACAUUCAAAUUAUUGAUUGUAACACUGAUUCU